AUGGCUUCGCCCCAGGAACGCCGCUGCCGCAUUCGCGAGCUGCUGCCCAACCUGCAGCUCGGCCGCUACCCCACCGGUCCCAAGAACUCGCUCACAGACGUGCCGGGCGUGCUCUGCCACACGCAGUCCAUCAUCAAGCCGGCGACGUCGACACAUGGAGCCAUCAACACCGGCGUCACCACCAUCGUGCCGCGCCGGGAUUUCUUCAACCAGGCGUGCUACGCGGGCGUCUUCCGGCUGAACGGGUCGGGCGAACUGACGGGCUCGCACUGGAUCGAGGAGACGGGCCUGCUGCACUCGCCCGUGGUGCUGACCAACAGCUUCGCCGUGGGCGCCGCCUACCAGGGCAUCUACGAGUACUGCAUCCCGCGCCACCGCGACCCGGAGAGCGGCGCCGCCGACUGGUUCCUGCUGCCCGUCGUGGGCGAGACGUUCGACGGCAUCCUCAACGACAUCGCCGCCCUGCCCGUCACGCCCGCCCACAUCGUCGCCGGCCUCGAGGCUGCGUCCGACGAGCCCGUGCCCGAGGGCAACACGGGCGGCGGCACCGGCAUGCUCUGCCACUGGUUCAAGGGCGGCACCGGCAGCGCCUCGCGCGUCGUGGCCGCCGACACCAGCGCCCGACAGCCCUCGUACACGGUCGCAGCCCUCGUGCAGGCCAACUACGGCCGCAUGCGCGACCUGCGCAUCGGGGGCGCGCCCAUCGGCCGGCUGCUGGACGACGACCUGGUGGCCGCGACGCAGGACCUGCCCGCCGACGCGUCCGUCACGGACCGGCUGGCCGCGCUGGGCCGCGUGGCGGCGGCCAAGGACAAGAAGGACGGCAGCAUCAUCAUCGUGCUGGCCACCGACGCCCCGCUGCACCCGCUGCAGUGCCAGCGCCUGGCCAAGCGCGCGACAAUGGGGCUCGCCCGCGUCGGCGGCAACGCCCACAACCAGUCCGGCGACGUCUUCCUCGCCUUCAGCACCGCCAACGAGGUGCCGGUGCAGACGCUGACGGCGGGAGAGUCAAAGGUGGAUCCGUGGAAGCCGCGGCCGUUGAGCGUCGACGUCGUCGACGACCAGACGAUUAACGCCCUGUUCGAGGCCACGGCCGACGCGGUCGAGGAGGCCAUUUUGAAUGCCCUGUGCAUGGCUGAGACCAUGACGGGGCUGGGCGGGUUGAGGGUGGAGGCGCUGCCGCUGGCGAAGGUCAAGCAGAUGAUGGAGAAGUACCUGUGA